AUUUUUUAGCAUAAGAUUACAAAUUAAAGUAUAUAAUAACAAUGAGCAAAUAAGAUAAACCAGAAUCAAGGGCUCAACGUAAUAUUCGUAUUGUUAUGGGGAAUAUAAAAGAAGAUCUAAAAUAAAAAGGUAAUCUAUGAUCUGAUAAUGUUUUAGUUGUCAAAUAUUUCGGACAUCAAAAAGAAGAAUAAGAAUUGGCUAAACCUAGAUAUGCUCAUUCUCAAUUUCCAAAAUAAUAACAUUUUAAUUAUGAAGCAGAAACAAAUUUAAUUGACUUUUGUUUAGAGAAUUAAGGAUUUAAAGUAAGCAAAGUAGGAACACUUGUAGAACCAAUGAUAAUUACUGAAGAAAUUCCUUAAAGACCUUCAAUAAGGAAGAUGAAAGUUAUAAAAUAACCAGUAUUUUUUACGGAAGUCACUACUACUCAUUUUGAAUCAAAUGUAAGACCAAAAGAAUUACCUGCUUCAAUUAAAAGAAGCAAUAAAUAAUAAAUGAUGAACAAAGAGAUUUUACGUAGAUUAGGAUUGUUAAGUAUUUAAGCAAAGAGGGAACUUGAAAUUGAAAAACUAUGCAAUAGAGCUUUGAAAGUAGCCAGAAUUAAAGAUUCACCUGCUUUGAAUAAGAGAUAACUUUAAGUUAUUUAAAAAUAAAUGAAAGAUGCUGAAAAAUAAUCUUAAGAAUUUGAAAUUCAAAGAUGUACAACAUCUGCUUCAGCUGCAUCUAGAAAAGCUUUCGAUUAUUAAGAUGAUUAUUUAUUAGAAUGUCUUUCAGAAAGACCUUAACUUAUUUAUAGUGUCUAAUCUUUUCGAAAUCGACCUUAAACUUAACAAACUAAAUCAAGAAUUCAUAACUUCUUUAAAACUGUUACUUUGGCUCAUUUAGAUAAUAAAGAUGAGAUUAAAAAAGAUGAUUUCAGUAUGCAAUAAUAAAUGUAAUCCAUUAAAGAGAGUUUAUAAUAAUGCAAAAAGAAACUCUUAGACUAUAAUGAUGAAAUUGAAAUCGCCUUAACAGAAGACAUAAAAGGACAAGUGAUAGAAUAUAAAAAUAUUAUUAAUAAUAAUAAUAUAAAAUGA